CAAUUUUGUUGGUAUUUUGUGUAGGCUUGGUUCAUUGUCCUGUCUUUCAAUUACCCUUCAUUUUGGAAGCCUUUCAUCCUCAAUUUACCCUCUCUCCUCCGUCGUCUCUACUCUUUUGGAUUUUAAUCAUUUCUUUUCAUUGCUCCCUUUGUUCUUAGCUGUUUUUCCUUAAUGGGUUUUCACUUUUAACCUUUUUGAACCCCCAAAUGAAUGCUUUGGAUCGUUCAUCAUCCAUUUGAAGGAAUCGAAUCCAAGUGCAGAAGCAGAGGAAGAACAGAUUGCUGAAUCCAACCCUCCCUUCUUUCUGCCAUUUUAAGCACCGUCUUUAGGAUUCAGAGGAAAAAACCAUUAAUUCCCAACUUAUUGGGAGGUUUUUUUGUUUGUCGAUUCCCAAUCUUAUUGUUUGAAGGGGUUGGUUGUCUCAGCUGUUCUUGAUUUUGAAACCAUGUCAAACAAAUUGAAAGGGAUCUACAAGAGUUUCAAGUACAUUUCCCAAAUCUUCGUGAUGAAAGAGCGAGAGAUGGAGAUUGGAUACCCAACGGAUGUGAAGCAUGUUGCACAUAUUGGAUGGGAUGGCCCUUCUGCCACAGCUCCCAGUUGGAUGAAUGAGUUCAAAUCAGCACCGGAGCAUUUCUCGGCGGCGGCGUUCGGCGAUAUCAGUGAUAGAAGAGAUUCAAGUUCUACUGCUGUAACAGCUCCUACAACAUGGUCUUCUAUUGAUUUUGAUCAAGCAAUGUUACGCCAACAAUCAUCCGACUUCUUCGGCGAGCUUCCACGGACAGAAAUUCCCGACCUUCGAACAAAACCAAGGAAAAAAAGCAGAAACUUCUCUCCAAAAUCAUCGUCGUCCUCAAAAUCAUCACGAGCAUCAAAGACGAAGCCAUCGUCCUUCGGUGAAAUCAAGAUGAUACCGACUUUGCGAGCUUAGAACUGCCAUCAUAACUCUCAUACUCAUGCAAAGGAAUAGAACAAGUCUAUAUGCGUAGAGAAAAGAUUGUGAUAGCAGUAUCUUUUUUUAUCAUAUCAAGAGUGGUGUAAUUUUUUUCGACUCGAGUGUAAAUCAGCUACUUUUCGUCCCCGUGAAGGAAAUCUCGAUGUAUAAAAAGAAUGAUCUUGAUGAAAUAUCUAUGUUGGGUAAAAAAGGCAAGC